AUGAGCAGCGUGAGGGGGUAUCACAUGUUCCUUGCCUUCUGCCUUAUUCUGCUCAACUUUGGCAGCCUGCAAUGCCUUGUUUUAAGACAAGUGGACGAAAGGCAUGUAAGACAACUGCAUCUGGCAUCACCAGCAGGGAACAGCUUAGCAAACACAAAUGCAUCAAAUCCAGAGGGUAACUUAAGCCCAUCCAUGAAUAUAUCCAGUGCUCCUGCAUCUGAAAGCCUUUAUGGAACCUCAGUGGAGCCAUCCGGGAGGUCAUUAAACAGAGCCACAACCGUAAAAACAACCUUGCCAACCAUUCUGCAUGUUCACAAUCCCUUGGAGCACCCCAAUAUUGAUGCUUUUGCCAGCACAAGUCUGGAGAUUGCUGCAGAAAGCAAAAGGCAAAUCAGUCUCAAAGGGCCCGAUGAAAAACGUGAUAAAUAUGGGACACAGGAAGCUUUGACUGCCACCAUUGUGACAAUUCCAGAUCUUCUUGUUGAAGAUGAUACACUUAGCAGCUCUGCAAAAGAAACAGUGGAUGGAGGUGGGGGAGAAGGAAAUUUGGAUGGGGAUUUGUUUACACCAGGCACCCAUGUUGACCCUUCAGACAAUCCCCAGGUAACUAUCCCCAAAGUAAUAAAUAGUUUUCCCGCUACAUCAUCAAGCAACCUCUUCAAAAAUCCAUUUCUUCCAACGAGCCCACCAGUUGAUUUGACGAAAGGAUCUGAUGGAAGUAGCUUCCCAACAAUCUGGAUGGGCACAGAUGCUGCUCCGGAACCCAGGAUGUUGCCAGCAGAUGCCUCCUUAAAUUUGGAAGGGGAAUACUCAGAGAACCAAGGGCACUUCAAAGGCAUCUUAAGCACUACCAUGAUGGCCCCUGCAGGCUUGCUGCUAAGUGAUGAGUGGGAUGAUACCAAAUUAGAGCCUUCCAGCCAGGCGAAAGCUAUGCAUCCUCUGAAGAUAAAUCAACCUCAAAUAGUGCAACCAACAGGACAUGAGGACGAUGACGUGAAAAAGGACCUGUCACCAAGAUUAUUGGCAACCACGGCAAAAGGAAGCAAAGAUAAUCAGAAUGGAUCAGGCCAGAUACCUGUGCAGGUGGAGGAGUCAGCCAAUACAAGCUUGAAUCUUGGUUAUACCAUUGAUCCAUCUGAGAAGGUUGGAGCUCAGUCUGAAAGCCCAGUGGAAAAUGUAGAUCCAACAGUGAUCAUCAGGUCUAGAUUGUUUUCUGAGACUGUAACUACAACAGAUGCAACCAAAUCAGAUGUCUUCCAAACCUUAAGACACCAAUUAAAAGGAACAGCCACAGCCUUCCCUGAUGCUGCUACUGUGCCAUCACCUGUGAUCUCAGGAGGCCUGCCUACCCAGAAGAUUAUAGAAUCACAAAAUGUGAUGGAGAAAGAAAUAGAUUUGGCAACUCAGAUAUCAACAGUUUCCAGCACCUCCCAACUCUUGAGGAUAUUAGAAACUGUUGCUCCUACAGUGUCUCCUCCUUCUACCAAUCUCCCAGCGAAAAUGGUGGAAGUUGAAGAACCUGUCACCCUCCUAGAGAAUAAAGAGAUCAUUUCUGUUGCCUAUAUUCCUGCGACGCUGGCUGAUCUGAGGGUGCCAACUGAAAUGACUGUUGGCACAAUGGAGACGAUGACAUCUCUGCCUUCUUUGGCAUCUUCUACAAGGCAAACCACAGUUCUAGCUGCCCACCGAAUCACAACAGCUUCAACUUAUGGGCUGGAAAGGCUGGAAUCAGAAGAGGAAGAGGAGGAGGAAGAGGAUGAAGAAGAAGAAGAGGAGGAAGAGGAAAUGGAUGAGGAUGAAGAAGAGAAUGAUGAUGACAGAGAACCCAAUUUAAUAGAUGAAAACUUAGAUGAUGCUGACCUCUCCAGUUUUACUGUUCCUGGGGAGACCUCACAGGAGCCCUUGGAAGGACUGGAAAGUCCUGCAGGAGACCUCUCCGGAAUAUCCUAUCAUGUACCAAAUGCAAUUGAAUGGGAACAGCAGAACCAGGGGCUCGUGAGAAGCUGGAUGGAAAAACUAAAAGACAAGGCAGGAUACAUGUCUGGGAUGCUGGUCCCAGUGGGUGUAGGCAUUGCUGGAGCCCUUUUCAUCCUGGGAGCACUUUAUAGCAUCAAGAUCAUGAACCGCCGUCGCAGAAAUGGUUUUAAAAGACAUAAGCGAAAGCAGAGAGAAUUCAACAGCAUGCAAGACCGGGUGAUGCUUUUAGCAGACAGCUCUGAAGAUGAAUUUUGA